CGCUCACCGGCGCCGUGAUUUGGUUAUCCACAAGAAGGCGUCGGUCGUCGAGGAGGCGUUUAGGGAUUUCUCUGCAUGAGUGGAAUAGACUUGGGAAUAGACGUUUGGAUCGCGGUGCCCUUGGAAGAAAUAACGGGGGGAAAGCGCAGGACUGAGCGAACUCGUGCCUUUUUCUCACUUGUGCCGAGGAUAUUGAGAUUUCAGGAUGCCAGUUUUCCACACCAAGACGAUAGAGAGUAUCUUGGAGCCGGUCGCCCAGCAGAUAUCCCACUUGGUUAUCAUGCACGAGGAGGGCGAAGUUGAUGGGAAAGCGAUCCCGGAUCUCACUAGCCCAGUGGCGGCAGUGCAAGCGGCUGUCAGCAACCUCGUGCGGGUGGGGAAAGAGACGGUACAGACCACAGAAGACAAGAUUAUGAAGAGAGACAUGCCUCCGGCCUUCAUUAAGGUGGAGAAUGCCUGUGCAAAGCUGGUGGAAGCAGCUCAUAUGCUGAGGACAGACCCGUACUCUGUCCCGGCCCGUGAUUACCUCAUCGAUGGCUCGCGGGGCAUCCUCUCUGGCACUUCAGACCUACUUCUGACCUUUGACGAGGCAGAGGUGCGUAAAAUUAUCCGGGUGUGUAAGGGCAUCCUGGAGUACCUGACCGUUGCAGAGGUUGUGGAAACCAUGGAGGAUUUGAUCACUUACACUAAAAACCUGGGACCAGGCAUGACGAAAAUGGCAAAGAUGAUUGACGAGCGGCAACAGGAGCUGACGCACCAGGAGCACCGCGUGAUGCUGGUCACCUCCAUGAACACAGUGAAGGAACUGCUGCCCGUGCUUAUAUCAGCCAUUAAAAUCUUUGUGACAACCAAGUGCAUUAAGAGUCAUGGAGUAGAGGAGGCCUUGAAGAACAGAAACUACACGUUUGAGAAGAUGAGCACCGAGAUCAACGAGAUAAUCAGAGUGCUGCAACUCACGUCAUGGGACGAGGAUGCCUGGGCCAACAAAAAGGACACAGAGGCAAUGAGGAGAGCGCUAGCACUGAUCGAGUCAAAGAUGGGUCAGGCUAAAGGCUGGCUGAGGGACCCUAACGGUCUACCAGGAGAUCCGGGAGAGCAUGCGCUGCGCCACAUACUGGAUGAAGCAGGAAAAGUGGGCGAGCUUUGCGCAGGGAAAGAGAGACGAGAGAUCCUGGGAACAGCCAAGACCUUGGGCCAGAUGACAGAUCAGGUGUCAGAUAUGCGCGCCAGAGGUCAGGGUGCCACCCCUAUGGGUAUGCAGAAAGCUCAGCAGGUGGGCCAGGGUUUGGAUAUUCUGGUGGGGAAAGUGGAGAACGCUGCUCGGAAGCUGGAGGCCCUGACCAAUGCCAAACAGGCCAUUGCCAAAAGAAUCGACACGGCCCAGAGCUGGCUGGCGGAUCCUAACGGCGGUCCGGAGGGGGAAGAGAAUAUCCGUGCUCUUCUGGCGGAGGCCAAGCGCAUCGCUGACCUGUGUGAAGACCCUAAAGAGAGAGAUGACAUCCUGCGCUCCAUCAGCGAGGUCGCAGGGCUCACCGCCAGACUGGUCGAACUUCGGAAAAUGGGUAAAGGAGAUACUCCAGAGGCUAGAGCUCUGGCCAAACAGAUUGGCACAGCUUUGCAGAACUUGCAGGCAAAGACUAACCGUGCUGUGGCCAACAUGAGACCUGCCAAGGCCGCUGUUACAUUAGAGGGCAAAAUGGAGCAGGCCUUGCACUGGAUCAACAACCCUGGAGUGGACGAUCGUGGAGUAGGCCAGGCUGCCAUACGGGGGCUGAUAGCGGAAGGCCGCCGGCUGGCGAACUCUCUACCAGGUCCAUACAAACAGGAUCUGCUAGCAAAGUGUGAGCGAGUGGAGCAGCUGAUGAUGCAGUUGGCAGAUCUUGCGGCACGGGGAGAGGGAGAGAGUCCUCAGGCGCGCGCCGUGGCUGCUCAUCUUCUGGAGGCAAUUAAAGAUCUGAAGGCGAAGAUGCAGGAAGCAAUGACCCAGGAGGUGUCUGAUGUUUUUAGUGAUACGACUACACCAAUUAAACUCCUGGCUGUGGCAGCAACGGCGCCUCUUGAGGCCCCCAACAGAGAGGAGGUCUUUGAAGAAAGGGCGUCUAACUUUGAGAAUCAUGCCAAUAGACUGGGAGCUACAGCGGAGAAGGCCGCUGCUGUGGGGACGGCCAAUAAGAGCACAGUUGAAGGCAUCCAGGCGGCUGUGAAAUCAGCCCGAGAUCUAACACCUCAGGUCACUUCUGCUGCACGCAUUUUGCUGAAAAACCCUGGCAACCAGGCUGCAUAUGAACACUUUGAGACCAUGAAGAACCAAUGGAUUGACAACAUUGAAAAAAUGACUAGUCUUGUGGAUGAAGCCAUUGACACAAAAUCCCUCUUGGAUGCAUCAGAGGAGGCCAUUAAGAAAGACAUUGAUAAAUGCCGGGUUGCGAUGGCCAAUGUUCAGCCCCAGAUGUUGGUUGCAGGGGCCACCAGCAUUGCCCGGCGGGCUAACCGGGUCCUUCUGGUGGCCAAACGGGAAGUAGAGAACUCAGAGGACCCUAAAUUCAGAGAACUGGUCAAAGCUGCUUCAGAUGAACUCGGUAGAACAAUCUCACCUAUGGUUAUGGCUGCCAAAGCCGUGGCAGGAAACAUCCAGGAUCCAGGUUCACAAAAGAGCUUCCUGGACUCUGGCUACAGGAUCUUGGCUGCUGUUGGAAAAGUCAGGGAAGCCUUCCAGCCUCAGGAGCCUGACUUUCCACCUCCACCUCCAGACCUCGAUCAGCUGCAUGUCAGUGACGAUCAGGCUCCCCCCAAACCACCCCUCCCAGAGGGAGAGGUUCCUCCCCCGAGACCUCCACCUCCAGAGGAGAAAGAUGAGGAGUUCCCCGAGCAGAAAGCCGGCGAGAUGGUGAGCGAGCCAAUGAUGGUGGCUGCCAGGCAGCUACACGACGAGGCCCGUAAAUGGUCCAGUAAGCCUCCCCAGCCUGAGGUGACAGACGAGGGUUUUGAGGCCGCUGAGGCGGAAGUAGAUAUAGACGAUGAGGAUGAAUUCACAGACAACGAGGAUGAUUUUGAGCCAGAGCUGCUCUUAAUGUCUUCCAAUCAGCCAGUUAACCAGCCCAUUUUGGCCGCUGCGCAGUCUUUGCACCAGGAGGCUCGCAAGUGGUCCAGUAAGGGCAAUGACAUCAUUGGAGCAGCGAAACGCAUGGCCCUGCUCAUGGCCGAGAUGUCCCGUCUAGUGCGUGGAGGCAGUGGGAAUAAACGUGCCCUCAUUCAGUGCGCCAAGGACAUCGCCAAGGCCUCCGAUGAGGUCACACGGCUGGCUAAAGAGGUAGCCAAGCAGUGCACAGACAAACGGAUUCGCACAAACCUCCUGCAGGUUUGUGAGCGUAUUCCAACUAUUAGCACUCAGCUGAAGAUCCUGUCCACAGUCAAGGCCACCAUGCUGGGACGUACAAACAUCAGUGAGGAAGAAUCCGAGCAGGCCACCGAGAUGCUUGUGCACAAUGCACAGAACCUCAUGCAGUCCGUCAAGGAGACGGUCAGAGAAGCAGAAGCCGCCUCCAUUAAGAUCCGCACAGAUGCAGGGUUCACUCUUCGCUGGGUCCGAAAGACCCCUUGGUACCAGUAAACCGAGGACUAGUUGAUUUCCAUUAGCAAUCUGCAUCUUUGCCUUUUCAAACGUUUUGACAUCUGAUAAAGGGUGGAUGGUGGAGAGAAAGCACCCUGAUUCUUACUUUUUUGGACAUCAGUGUUCGGCUUGAGUUUUGGGGGGACUGGUAUUACUUCCUUUUUAUUUACUUGCUGGCAUGGGUACUUGGUACACCUUCGCUGCUCCUUACGGAGGCUAUUUUUGUCCUGAAAGUUUGCUGUUGUUACCUUUAUCUCACACUACUGAGGUAUAGUGCAGGAGUAUACAGGAAGCAAAUUUUUAAAUAUAUAUUUUUGGUAUGUUGGGUUUCCAAAUUCCAGGUAUAUAUAUAUUUUUUUGGCAUGAAGAACUUUUCUAUUUUGUAUUGGAGAAAAAUGGCAUGAUGCCUCUCUCGAAAAAUGUUGGAGUUCAUGAUGAAAUUUACUUUAAAUUAGUUUUUGACAAUUCAAUUUUCUUAUUGAAAAUGUAUAUAUUUAUAUUUCUUAUAUUUCAUCAGAACAUUAUCACAGAUCACUUUUUAGUUGCAAAUAUACUACACAUACAAUGUUGUACGUUUUACUUUGCUAUUUUGCAAAAACCCAUGGCUGUUUUUUUUUUUUUUUUUUAAGUUCUAAUUCAUUAUAAUUAACUGUUCUUUGCUCAUAUUUAUAACAAACUUUUGCUUAGCUAUUUAUUAAACAUGUUAAUGCCUUUUUUUGAUUGGUCAUGCCAUUACAGAGAUGUAUUUUGCAUGGCAUGGUUGAUGCCAAAGAUUUAGUUUUUUUUACACUUAAUAUCCAUUAGCUAUCAAAAACACAUCUAUCAUGUAGACAUGCGAAAGCUUGGAUAGUUAACACUAAAAUUCUUUAUAAUUCAUUCACACUUAGGUUUGUGAGAGAGUGAAUGAUUAUUUAAAUUUGUUAAAAGAAAAGCACAAUCCUCACAACAGUUGAACUGUUCUCUUAGCUCAGUCUUUUUACAGUUUACGACUGUAAUUUUGAUGUUCCUCUGUGUGACUGUAUUUGCAAUUGUAGAAUAUCGUGGAUGGAACCGUCUUAAUUGUUUUUAACCAUUUAAACAGAAUGGGUAACAAGACCCAGGUGGCUUGUUUAUGUGUGAUACCUACGAGUUUGAAGAUGAGGUUUACCCAAAAACGAAAAGUCUAUCAACACCCUCAUGCCGUUCUUAAACGGAAAAUAUUUUUGUCUAUGCAAUAAGUCAAUGGGGACCCCGCUGACUUUCAAUGCAUGAACGAAAACUGAGAUAUUUACCAGUCAAGCAGGUUUGGAAAGACACGAGGGUGAGAAAACGGCAGAUUUUAUUUUGCGUGAUCUACCGCUUUAGGGAGUGUGCAUUCAUACUAUGAAAGUAGCACAAACUCAUCAUCCAUUAUUAGCUGAAGACGGACUCUGAAUUCUCUGUACAGCUACACAAACACCAUCACGAUGCUUCACUGCCUUGCAUUCACUUAAAAACUCUUAGCUACAACACACGCAUUUGAAAGAGUAUCUUUUCAGCCCCCAAUAUAGUGCCUCGUUGUGAAAGUUUACAGGGCUGUAUCUGUAUGUGUAAUAGCAUGUUGUGGGUUCUGAUGACAUUUAGAAAGGGUGAAAUUACUGCUUUGUGAAUGUAUAUAUGACACUAAUGUUGACUUUUUCAGUGUCACAUAGAAAAAAAAACAUCUUAUGUGCCUCAGAUUAAUAAAAAAAAAAAAAAAAAAACCUGUUAAGGUGUUUUGUUUGGAAACUUCAUUCCCCAAAUAGGUCAAUAAAGGGAUUUUCUAAUGUUGUCAAACAUAUUCAAGGGAUAAUAAACAGGUAUUCGUCAAAAGUGGAAACACACAAAAGAGACCUCGUUUUUGUUCGCAAACUUUAUAAAUCUGAAGGCUUUUGGUUUAAAUACAUAUGUAGUUCCCUUGACAAUUUACAAUAAAAAAAUGCAAUUGUG